AUGUCUAGUUUCAAUUCAUGGAACUAUAACGCAGAUAAUUCAAAAAUAGAUCCAAAUGUACGCUAUUUAUCUAAUUUAGAAUCAAAGAUUAUAAACGAACACAACGUGCGAAGUGCACAUGUAAUAAAGAAAGAUGAAUCGGAUGGCAUAUUAAAUAAUCCGGAGAUGUUUGAACAUGAUUCACCUAAAAAAAGGUCUAGGGUAAAAAAUGACAUACCCAGAGAAUUGAUGGGCCUAUGUAUUGACAUGGAUUGGUGCAAGGAUAUAUCCAGAACCGAUAGACGUAAUUUCGCAAAAACUUUACCUCCAACACAUAAGAAAGGAUCUGAUUAUUAUUUUCAACAAUCAUCCAUCGAAGAUAACAAAUCUAGUACAAAGAAAAGAACAGUCGUAAGAAAAACAGAAUCUAUCAAUCAGGCAGAAAUAAAAGGUCACAGUAAAAAUACGCAAAAUAGUUCAUUUAUAAAAGAUGAAAAGUCGUAUAAAAAACGAGAAUCAGCUCAUGAUAGAUCAAAUGUGUCACUAAGGAAUAGUUCAGAAUCUGAAAACAUGCUUUCCAAUCUUGAAUUUGAUAUGGAUAUGGUUCUAAAACCUAAAAGUCACUUUAUACUUUAUAGACUUGUCAAUUGUGAAUAUAAAGCUAAAAAUACGAAAGUUCUGGUGAAAACCAAACAAACACAUAUAGAAGUAUAUCCAGGAGUAUAUUUAGUAAAAGGUAUAACUGAUUAUGGUCUGGUAUCCUUUUCAAGGAUUAGGAAUCUACUUCCAAAGCUAAAUUCAAAGUUCGCCAAUUCAAUCACAGUCACAAACGAUUUUUUGCAUGAUUUUAAGCAUAAUACAGCAACAUAUAAAAAUGGUCUUGAUUAUGGUCCUUUAUCGUGUUUCAUUUUUGAGGAUAUUGCUUUGUUUGAGGAGGGUUCUAAGGUAGACCUUUGCGUUGUUCUUAAGUCAAUAAAUGUGGAAAAUUACCUAUUUGAUAUAAAAAGGAGUAGGAAUCUACCACAAACACAAAACUCACCAAAGGAUGUUGCAUCACUAUCAUGCUUAUCACCCCUAGGUUUAUCAUCAGAUUUUUACUCAGAUAAUCAUUGGUGUAUAGUGUUUUCCAGAAUUGAUGGAAAAAUUAAACCAAAUAUCAGAAAGAUUAAUAAUAAUUCUAAUAUAAAAACCUAUGAUGAAACUUGUGUUAUUGAGGAUAAAGAACUUUCAGCAUUAAAACAGAUAAUAUUACGCAAUUUAUUCUUUCAAAAGUAUAAAGAUAUACCUAAAAAUUUUGAAUAUGAUGAGGGAAUAUUCCUUGAGCUCUGUAGCUACAAAAAAUGCUCCAUGCUAGAUGCUUCGAACUCAGAAAUUUCUUGUUUAUCUUGCUUCAUCGCAAUUCAAAUCUUUACUGCUGAUGGAUACUAUAAAUUGACCUCUUUGUCUUCUAAUAAAAUGGGUGGUUGCGAAACUUCGGAGGUGAUAAUUUUUAAUGUAGCAGAUCCUUUUACGGUAUCAAAACAUCCUAAUAAGACAAACACACCGAAUAGGCGAGUAAAUGAAAACGAUUUAUCUGAUAUAAAUGGCAAAUAUUCCUAUGAUGGGAUAACUGAUUUACAGGAAAAAUCUCAAAUUACAGAAGAUGAUUUAACAUUGGAUUCCAUACAUCGUAUAACUAGGAGAAUGGUAAAGGAACUACAAUCUACAGAUUCUGAGAAUAAGAUUCUUAAAGAUGUAAAAAAUGACCAAAAAAACGAGUUGACACCGCCAAAAAGAAGUGCACCUUAUAAACAAACGGAAGAUGAAAAAACAAUUAAAAUGCAGUCAAAAACGGAUGAGAAUACCACACUUUCAGAUAAUAGAAAUAAAAGAAUCAAAAAUACCAAUGAAACAACCAUAAAACCAAACAAUGUUACAUUAAAACCAUUUGUUUUAGAUGUCAAUGAUUCUAAUUCUGGUUUCACAUUUGUUGGUUAUUUAAUUAAGUUUACGCAAGUAGACAAAAAUCAAAUACCAAAUCACGAUUCUUACUGGAAUUAUGCCGUAAUUAAAUAUUGGGAUCCAAAAUGUAGAGCGUUUUUUGUGCAUCUAAUUAAGGAAGAAUUUUGUACCUCUGACGAAAGCCUUCUAACAAAUUUUCUAAGGGAUAAUUCAGAUGAUUAUUUUUCUGAUUCUGUUUGUUGGAUAACUUCACAAUCUAAAUAUGUAUUGAUUUUAAGUAGUGAUGUUGUAUUUGAUAGAUCUUUUGCACUUCGGCAUUCAAAAAGCACGUAUAACACGUCAUCAAAGUUACUGGAUGAAGAACCGAUAUGCAAAGUUUGUAACAAAAGAAUUAUUUACGUUAGGGAGAAUUUUAAUGCAUUCCCUUCUAGAUUUUCUUCCAGAGAGUUUGAUGUUACUAUGACAAUAAUGGAGUUUAUUAAGAUCUGUAAACUUAAAUUUGACAAACCCAAUUACUUUUUUCACAACCCUCUUCAUAGUACGAUUGCUUCACUACGUGAGUUGGAAAAGUAUAAUAAGAAAACUAUAAAAACAUUGUUGGAAAAUAACUUAGAUAUAACAUCCCUAAUCUUAGGAAGUUUUGAAAGAGAUCUUAUAAAUAUUUACGGCCGAUCAUUGUUAUAUUUCUGUGUAAAAAUAAUUUUUUGGAUAAGGAAGAUCUGUGGUAUAAAAAAGUCUGUACAACCUGAUACUAUGAUAAAGGUUGUUCAUUGGGGAUUAAAGUGUUCUACUUGUAAAGGUUUUUACCAUGCAAAAUGUCUUCAGUAUCAACACUUAAGAAAGCCAUCCCCCAUUAUGACAAACAAUAAUAUUAUAAAGCGUUUAUCACACCAUAAACUUAUGUGCAAAAUAUUUAGAAAUCAAUCAUCUAGUGGAACAUAUAAUACAAAUAUUACAUCCUUACCUGAUUUGGUUGGCAACUAUAAUGAUUAUGACAUAAUUUAUCACAAUGAUGGUGGUAGUAAUACUAAAACAUCUGGGAAGUCUGCUAAAUCAAGUGAGAAAGAGUUAAAACAUUUAUUUUCUGGGCCUUUACCUACGAAUCCAUCCGGUAAAGAAGACCAUAUGCUGUUGUUCCCGAUUUUUGAAAGAAGUAGUGAAUCGGAUUCUUGGGUGUGCCAUGAUUGUUCAAUAUGUACAUAUUGUUGUAUGCCAAUUAAUGAUAAAUCAGCCAAACAGCGGUUUUGUCAGGUGGAUAACAUUUAUGAUCCAUCAUCCAAAUCUUCUAGGCAAUAUCCACAAUCUUUUGAGGAAAAAUUGGAUAGUCUUCAAAGAAAUUCACAGGAAGUAAAAGUUAAGGAUGUUAAAUGUGUUUCUUGUAAUCUUUCCGCUCACAGAAACUGUUGCAAUCCACCCGUACCAAAUCUGCUUUUUAUUGAGUCAUGGAAAUGUGAUUGGUGCUCUCAAUGUAUUUCUUGUGGCUAUAGGGAUACUAAUGGUACAGAGUAUCUACAUUGGGGUCUGUUUUUUCUUUUAUGUCUAAAAUGUUGGGAAUCUCUAGAAAAAAAUAAUUUUUGCGGGGUAUGCUACAAAGUGUGGACGAAUUAUGAUUCUGUUACACAGAAAUGGGUCCAAUGUGAAGGCUGUAAGCUAUGGAUCCACGUAGAAUGUGAUGAUCUUGCUCAAAUUAUAACUGAUUGCCCAUCUUCCAGGAGCCAAAACUACCGUUGUAAAGUGUGUAGAUCAUCUAACAAAAUUUAUAGAUGUAUGAAGUUAUUGGAACAGGUUUUUUUAGUUGAUAAGUUGAAUCAGUUUAGAUAUCCUGUUUCCCCAGGUUGCGUCGUCUAUUGGCGCUUAGUGACUAGACCAAUGAAUCUAAUAACGCUUUUGAGUAAACUAGAAAAUGGAGAGUAUAAGAAUAUAAAUGAUUUUAUUUUUGACAUAUUUUUAAUUCCAUAUAAUGCCAAAAUGGUCAAUAUGCCAAAUACUAAGAUUUAUAAAUUCGCGAACAUUUUCGAGAGGAAGUGUAAACAAAUUGUGAGUAGCAUUAUGCAGUUAUCUCUAACCGAAAUUGAUUCAAUAUUUGAAAGUGAAAUACGCAAAGGUGACAACAUAUUACCUAUAGAACCUUAUAUCUCUGAUAUUUCUUACGCUGAUUCUAAUAAUGAUAAUGGGAAUAAUUGUAUAAUCGCUUCUGAUGGAAACGAAGGAGUUAUGAAUUUAUUUUCAGACGAAAGUGCUUUAAAGAAUAAGGAAAGAAAUGAUACAAACCAUGAUUUUGUAACAAGUUCCAAAACCGAUGAAUUUAGUGGUAGCUUUCCAAAUCUACAUAACAAUCAUGUAUACAAAAGAAAAUAUGAUGAUUUUUUCCAAUCUGGCUUUGAUACAUUAUUAUAUAAGAUCUUUGGUAUAUCAAGUUAUCAAAAAACCCUGAUAUUGUCACAAAAUUUCCUCCCCAAAUCCUUUGUACCAUGCGGCCUUAAUUAUGUUAUAUCUUCAGUUUUAUCUUUGAUGGGAAAAAUUACCUUUAAAGGUGUUUGUAAUAUUCAUGAAACUUAUGAUGAUUUGAUAAAAAAUAAAAAAUUUAUACUUCUCCAAAGUAUUGAUGAUGAUAAUCCUAAGGAGCUAUAUUUAGAUGAUGAAUCAUUUUUAGAUGAAAUUUCUAACUAUUUUAAUGGUACAAAAGAUUUGGGAAUUCUCUGGAAGGAUUUUUGCAUUGUAUGCGGAUCAUAUUCACAACAACAUUACUUGAUUUUCUGUGUCAUAUGCGGUGAAGCAAUGCAUUAUUACUGCGCCGGUUUGCUUUAUCCUCCAGUCGUAGUUAAGUAUGAUAAGUUUAGGUGUUCAUCAUGUUCUAAGUGUGAUUACUGUGAUGUAAAGUUUCCAUCUAACCACUCAUAUGAUAUUGGUAAUAUUAAUAACUUAGAAUUUGCUAGUGUCUUAGGAUGGAUACCAAGAUCUAUUAGUUGUGCCUUGUACUAUACACCUCCGGUUCCGGAUGAUACGGAAGAAAAAAUCAAUGAUUUUACAAAGUUGUUAUUACCCCGAAAUACCUUCUCUCCACAAAUAAAUACUCCAAGUUUUGUCCCAAGAAAUUUUGAUAAAACAAUCAGUACGCCGGCAAUAAGUAGUUUUCAAAAUUAUAUAAAUAUGAAUGAAGAUCUUAUAAGCAAAAUAACUACUCCAUUCCCAAAACCUUAUUUGAUUCCACCAAAAAACAAUAUAGCUCCAGGUAGAUUGAUUUCUAUGGAACAAAAUUUCCCUAUUCACUCGGUAAAAUGUGCUAUAUGUGGCUUGUCGACUCAUUUAAGUUGUUUGAGAAAACUUGUACCGUUUAGAGAUAUUAAGGAACAGAAUCUGUCAGACAACUUAACUCAGAUAAAUGAUAAAUCACAAACGUUACUUUUGCAUGAAAAUUUCAUAGCAACUGUUAGCAAUAAACACAAAAUUACACCUUUCAUAAAUUACAAAAGUAGAAGUGUAUUUAAAAACAAAAGUGCAUACGAAUUUGGAAGGUCAAAAUUACAAAUUGGAACUAAUGAUAGCAUAAUGCAGACAAAUCCUAAUGUGCAAUUUAAUUUAGCCAAUAAUUUUUCAAAUACUUUAAAGGCAAACUUAAAUAUGAACGAUUCUCAAAAGGUUGAUGAUUCCAAUGUAACUUCUUAUGGUAAAAUUAUGAACAAAGUUGUUAUUGACAAAUCUAAUACCUCAAAUAUUCCUGGAAGGGAUACUUACUCGGUUGUCCUUCACUCUGGUUCUUCCCAAGAUUCUCCACCUAAACAUAUUAAUGAAGAUGUUAAUGACACUAUACUCUCGACUGAAACAAGUGAAAGCAAUUCUAUAGGUAUAAACGAUUCUAAAUCUAUUGAAGAGCCUCCAUACACCAAUACAAACAAACCUCUUCCCCCCAGGAUAUUGAAUGUUGCAAAAAAAUUGGCCAAAUGUGAUGAAUUAUUGAAACGUAUCGAAUCAGAAGUUUCAAAAAAUAGAGUAUAUUAUCCAAACGAAUCAAAGAAUAAUUUCUAUUCUAAUAUCUUAAAGAUGGGUAAUUCGGAAAGUCAUAGGCAAUUCGGAAAAGUCAGAGGAUUUGAUAUUUCUAAACUUACUAAAGGAAAGGGAGACAAUAUCUUAAAUGCACACGAUGAUUCAGAAUAUUUAUUCACUAAAUCUUUUCAUUUAAAUCGUUUAAAAGGGAUGCCUACGGACUCCAUGAAUCCACUUCAAAUCCAAUCGAACGCAAAUAUUGACAAUGGGAUUAAUAAUGGAUGGAAAUAUGAUGGAUCGGGUAUAUUUACCUGUGGAAAAAUAUGUGGUGAUGUUCUUUGCGAUUUGAAAAGUAGAUUCUUUAAUAGUAAUCAAAUUUUUUUGGCUUUAUCGUUGCUCGAGCAAUUCGAUAUCAUACAACAAAUUUAUAAUAUGGAUAAUUUAUCAGAAAACACAACUAAUACUCAUUCUAUGAAAAUCAGAAUGAAGUGUAAUGAAGGAAAUGAUGGGGAAAAUACAAACAUGAACAAUGAAAAUAAUAAUUUUAUUAUUGGAAAUUGCCUAUUGUGCGGCACUCUUAUUCAAAAAGGGGGUAUAUUAUUCAAUAAGCAUGAUCGUCCCGAUGGAGAACAGACUAUUACUGAGCAUAUAAUUCCUCCAUUAUUUGUUACAAAUUUUAUUUUAUGUAAGCUUUGUAAAUCGUGGAGAAGAUACCUAAGGAAUAUGAUUCAUAAAAUAAAAGGCACAAAUCUGCAUAUUUAUAAUAGGAAUCGGGAUAUUAUUCCUGAUGAUAAAAGUAUAAAUUUGUCUAAAAUUAAUAUUAAGGAAUCCCAAACUCUAAUAGCCCAGAAAAGGUUUCUGGUUGAUGACGAUUUUAUCAGUAGCCAUUCAAAUAUUUUUGAUUUGCAACUUGCAUUUGCACAAAUGGAUCAAAUGUCUUCAAAUACUAUGGUAAAGACGAUAUCAUUAAUCCGCCAUCUUAUUUUAACGAGUGAAAAUAUAAUGAGAUAUAUAUUUUCUAUAAGUUCUUCUAUCCUUCCCAAAAAUGCUGUAGAAACAUCGGUUAAAAGACUUUUGAAGAAUUUCAUUCAUUCUAAGGCGUUUUUUCCUGGAGGAAUACAGUCCUCUAUUUAUCUUUCAAUGGCCAAUUCGCCAUUAUCCCCCGUAAUAUAUACCUUCUGGAUUCACUCAUUAUUGAAUAUACACAAUGAAAGGAAAAUGCUUAAAAUAUUUAACCAAGUAAAUGAAAAUUAUUUUGACACACGAUUGAAAAGUUUUUAUAAUACACUGUUUGAUAUAAAUUGGGUUGUAAAUAAUUGUAGUAAACUUGGACAUCCAACAAAUACUCAAUUGAAAACUUUUAAACAUAGAGAAACUGAAAAUAACUCAAAUUUAGAUGGGAAAUAUACCUCUGAAGUUUAUAGUCCACUAAAAUAUGCUUCUCAGACAUCAAAUUUUAAACACACUGAUUUCAAUAGGAAUAUGACAGAAAUGAACUCUAGCGUUAAAAAUAAUAGAGCCUCUCUAAAACAACGGCGAAUAAAGGCAUCAUAUCAUAUUAUGAUUAAAAGAUUUACCAAUCUAAUUGCAAGUUCUAUUCGUUUUUAUUGGACCUAUAGGGAAUUAUUAUCCUAUAAAAUAUUUUUUAAACAAUUAGAUUUUCAUACAAAUUUUCAUAAGGCACUAUCUGAUGCUAAUUUAAACCAAAAUUCUAUAAAAUUACUCUCAAAAAGAAUGCAGCAAGUUUUGUAUUAUAUUAUAAAUGGUGAUAAUGAUGAAAUGUAUCAAAACAAGAAUUCAAUUAAAUACCCGUACUUUAGAAGGCAUUUAGCACAUUUGAUUUUAAAUGGUGAAUUGAAUUUUUAUAAAGACAUUCAGCAACGUUUUGAUUUAUGUUGCUUGACACCUCAUGCAAGAAUUGGCAAAGGAACGGCAUCCCCAUCCUUCGUAUUAGGGAAAAUUGCUUAUGAAGCUGAAACUAUACUAUAUUUUCUAUCACAAUUUAGUAAGUUUUGUAGAAACAUACAAGAGAUUUCAUAUAAAAAAUUAUAUUCCCAAGAAAAAUACAAUCCCUCAUUAAACAUGUCUAAUCCCAAAGAUUUGUCAAUACAAGUGGAAACUACACUAACUGAUCAAGAAAAUGGACAUAAAAUUUUCGAAAAUUCAGAUAGUUAUACAGACAGUAAUAUUGAAAAUUCCAAGAAUUGUGCAUAUUUUAAUCUUGAUGAUUUUAAUAGUUUUAUGAAGUUAACAUAUAAAAAAAUGGUUAAACGUUUUAAUAGAAGCACUAUUAGGAAAUCUAAUCAUAUAGAAUCUUUGAUAUAUAAAAGAGUAGGUGCCUCAUUAAUAGUAGAAACAGUUAGCGCAAGGGCUGUGACAGGUGAUGUAGCACUUUGUGAUGAGACCAUAGAAAAUUUUGGUUGUAUUUGCAGUGUUAAAAAUCUUUCAGAGAAUGAAUAUGAACAAAAUCCUAUGCUUAAAGAGUAUUUCAGGCAACAAUCGGAUAUACUAGGACAUGAUACCUGUGACAGAUUAAAAUUUUUACAAACCCUUUUACCAACAAGGAUAAUAUAUUGCAAUGCUGAUGCAUCUAUGGAGAAAAAAGUGAGUGAAGAUAUCAUUACACCACAUAUGGAUAACUCUUGUUGUCUUUGCUCUAUAUCUGAAAGUACUCUUCUGAGAGGCUCCCUGAUUCCGUGGCGAAAUGGUUAUAUUCAUUCUGAAUGUUUGCUUUGGUCAGUAGAUAAUAUCUAUCUUCCGAGAACAUUCAAUGUUGUUUUUGAUGAUAUACUAUUUGGAUAUGAAGACAAAUUAAAUGUUGAAGUUGAUAAUUUGGAAAGGUAUGCUACAUUACUUCAAAAUGAUGACCAGGAAAAGGGUGAAUCGGAAGAAAUCCACCAUAGAGAACGUGUAUACAACCUUAAUCUUUUAUCUUUGCCAAUAAUGCCUCCGGUUCAAAUACCUGAUUUUGUCGUUGAAAGUUGCCUAACAAAGGCAUCUGUUACACGAUGUCACUGGUGUAAGAAUAAUGGAGCUAGUGUGAUUUGUUCUGGAAAGUCUUGCAAUGUAUCCUUUCACCUUUCAUGUACAUUUAUUGCAAGUAACAGAUUAAUUUGUGCAAUAGCUCGUAAAGAAAACCUUUUCAAGAUCGAUUAUUCUUCAUUUGAUCUUUUAUUCCCGGCAAAAAUUUAUUUUACAAAGCGAAAAAUAUGGUGUACGUCAUGUUUUAGAAAGGAUAUUAUCUCUGGAUUACGGGGUAAUAGGGUAAAGGAUUUAAUAUGUUUGAAUCAAAAUAAUCUUAAAGCAUUCUUUUCUUUGGAGGGAAUGUCUCCAAACUCCACUUUUGUGAUUUUAAAACAAAUAUUACAGUCUGUUAGAAUUAUACCAAAGAUGGUAUCAUACAAAAAUUUGGAUUUUUUCAUGGUUUCACGGAGUCAAUUAUAUAAUCAUGCUAAAUCAUCUUACAUGCAUAGUAUGUACGGUCACCCACUGGAAAUAAAAGGUAGCGGAUUUAUUGAGUCAAUAAUAAAGCCUAGAGAAAAAUUAGAAGUAGAAAGAUAUUCUGGUAAACAUUCUUUGGAUAUUAACCACAUUUUGGGUACACAGAAUAGCGUACCAUCACAAUAUAAUUUUGAUUCAAAAUAUUUUCUCUAUGGCAAGGUUGAUCUUUUCAACUCCCCAUUUUCAUCAGAAACAAUUCCUAGAGAAAAAUCCAUACGACCUAAUGCAGAGAAUGCUUCAGAUAAUCAGUUACAAUCAGAAGUCAUCAGAAUAGGCUCACUAACCAUCCUUAACAUAGGAGAUGCACUUCUGUUUGGUGAUAAUGGAAGGGUUUAUCCUAUAGGAUUUACCUCCGUAAGGAUUUUUUGGAAUAAAAAAUAUUAUUCAAAUUCUAGAUCAUCCGAGGAAUCUCAGAAUUCUACCAAUUCCAACCCGUACAGAAACUCAUAUAUUUGCACAAUUAGGGCAAGAAAUGGCGUUCCAUAUUUUUCAAUAGAUUUAAUUUUCCCUCCAAAUUCUAAUAUAAAGUCUAGGAGAUUGUCGCAUGGAACCAAUAUAAAUGCAGUCUAUGAAACGUUCGUUAGGUUUAUAGGAUCUACAAAUGUUAAACCAAUGGAGCCAGAAACAUUCUUUGGGACUAAUCUUCACAUUGUGCUUCAAAAGCUGAGAUUUGAUCUUUCAAUGGCAUUCAUGCACAGAGCUAGCAAAUUUAGUAAGAUUGCAUCAUUCGAAAAGUCUGUCCUAGGGAAUGGGAAUGCGAGUAUAACAAAGGGUAAUAUUUGUUUGGGGGAACACUAUACGAACUUUCCAUUUAAAAUACGUAGAAAAAAUAUGAAUGAACUAAUUAGUACAACUCUAGAUUUUAAAGAUUCAGAACCAUGUGAAGUAGAUUGUGACUCCAGAACGAAUAGAACCAGAUCCAGAAAACAGUAUGACAUGAGUAAUAACGCCAUGCAAUAUAGAUACUUAAUUUCCUUACCUCCAGAAAAAAGACUGGAUGUAAAACCAUCGGCGAUACACGGUCUUGGUUUAUUCACCACAGAAGACAUUACUGCUGGUGAACCAGUUGUUGAAUAUGUAGGAGAAUUAAUCAGAGACAUUAUCAGUGACAAGAGAGAAGAAAUAUAUUCAGAAAGUCAAGGUGGGGAUGGUUCGUGCUAUAUGUUCAGGUUAGAUGAUGAGCUUAUUGUUGAUGCAACAAGAAAGGGAAAUAUGUCUAGAUUCAUAAACCACAGUUGCGAUCCGAACUGCCUAUGUCGUAUAAUAACGUGUGAAUAUGGACUAAAACACAUCGUUGUUUUUGCAAAAUCCGACUUAAAGGCUGGUGAUGAAGUGACAUAUGAUUACCAAUUUGGAGUAGAAUCCGAAACCAGAAAGUUACAAUGUUUGUGUGGCGCUCCUAAUUGUCUAGGAAGAAUGAACUAA